AUGCAGAACAUCCUCGAUCAAAACUUAGACAUGGCCACAGCUCUGCUCGCUGGGGAGAAGCUGAAGGAGCUGAUCCUGCCGGGCUCCUCUCAGGAUGAGAAGGGCGGGGCGCUGGCCGGCCUCAUGGUCCAGCUCAAACUAGAGCUGCCCUUUGAUCGUGUCGUCACCAUAGGGACCGUCAUCAUUCCCAUCCUGCUUGUCACCCUCGUCUUCACACGUAACUUUGCAGAGGAGUCCAUAUACUGUUACACACCACACAACUUCACCAGAGACCAGGCACUGUACGCACGAGGCUACUGCUGGACAGAGCUGCGCGAUGCUGUACCUGGGGUGGAACCUGACCUCCGGCCUUCACUAUUUGAGCACAAGUUCCUGCCCUAUGCUCUGUUGGCCUUUGCUGGCAUCAUGUACAUUCCUGCUUUAGGCUGGGAAUUCCUUGCCUCCACACGACUCACUUCAGAGCUCAAUUUCCUUCUCCACGAGAUUGAUAAUUGCUAUCACCGAGCUGCUGAGGGCCGAGCUCCAAAGAUUGAGAAGCAGAUCCAGUCCAAAGGACCUGGCAUCACCGAGCGAGAGAGGAGGGAGAUCAUAGAGAAUGCAGAGAAGGAGAAGAGCCCAGAGCAGAACCUGUUUGAGAAAUACCUGGAGAGACGAGGCCAGAGCAAUUUUCUGGCUAAGCUUUAUCUGGCACGCCACUUGGCGAUCAUCUGCCUCAGCUCCAUCCCCAUCUCCUACCUGAGCGCCUACUAUGCCCGCCAGCGGCAGAAUGAAUUCACCUGUGCCCUGGGUGAGCCCCCAGACACCAGCAGCUAUCAAGAGCUGAAGCUCAGCGUCAACUGCAAACUACCUGCUGUGCAGCUGCAGCGGAUCAUGGCAGCAGUGGACAUCGCUCUGCUCUGCACUAUGAACCUCAUCAUUCUGGUUAAUUUGCUGCAUUUGUUUGUGGUGCGUAAGUCCAAUUUUGUGUUUGACAAGCUGCAUAAAGUUGGCAUUAAAACACGGCGACGCUGGCAAAAAUCCCAGUUCUGUGACAUCAACAUCCUGGCCAUGUUCUGCAAUGAGAACAGGGACCACAUCAAGUCGCUCAACCGGCUGGACUUCAUCACCAACGAGAGUGACCUCAUGUAUGACAAUGUAGUCAGGCAACUGUUAGCUGCCCUGGCCCAGUCCAACCACGAUGCCACACCCACUGUGAGGGACUCUGGGAUACAGACAAUAGACCCCAACAUGGACCCCUCUGUUAUUGGAGUGGGAGAGCUGGGAGGAGAGCCCCUGAACAUCAAACGGCCCCGCAAGAAGAUUAAAUGGAUACCAACAUCAAAUCCUCUUCCUCAGCCAUUCAAGGAACCCCUGACCCUGACACGUUUGGAAAAUAGCACCAAGCCUGACAAACCCAAACCACUCAGACGAAAAACAGUAGCAGACAGCUUCAUCGCCCCACUUCUGGAUAGCAAGAGCACACAGCAUCCUCCCUCAAAAGAUAUAAGUGGGAUGGAGAAGAAACACAAUCGCAAUUUCUCUCUGGACGUCCACCCGUACAUGCUGACCAUUCGUAAACCCAAGGUGGAGGCCACAACUGCAGAGCCGCUACCCUCUGACCACGCCAUGGACACAGUGUACAUUGAAGGCACACACACUAUUGUCCAUGUGUCUGCUGCAAUCACAGAGAAGAAGGCCUGCACUCCAGAGUCCACCAGCACUGCCUUUUCUACAGUGACCCUGCCCACCACGACAUAUGUGAAUGGCGUGAGCCCCAACCCACCCUCCAGCGAGGACGCCCUCAGCCCCAAGCCCUCUCCUUCCCAAAAUGAGCCUCUCAGCCAGCCUGAAAAGCCUGAGUCUCAGCCGCCACCCUUGACCAUAGCCCCUACACACCAGCUGCUCAGUAUGCAUCAUACUCUCUUUGAGGAGGAUGAGGAAGAGGGAAACCGUAGAGACAGGCUGGCAGAGAGACCUGGGGAGCUCAUCGCUGCUGGGGAAUGUUGAGGAGGUAAAAAGAGGAAUGCAAGCAAGACUCCUCACUGAAAUAUGUCCUCCCUGACACGACACUCUGCACACAUGACUGCCAUGCCAAUCACCUCCUACCAACAGCCACCUCCUCUCUUUGAAUGAACACCUCACACACUUCUGUGGUGGGUGGAUUGGGUUGACUGAUGAGCAGAAAUGGGACAGUCAGAAACAGAAGCAGAAGAAUCUGUAUAGGUGGUUUUGAGAGCAGAUGACUGAAUAAGUUCAUUGAAGAUAAACAAGACAGAGGUUAGUGUAUGUGAUAGUGAUCAUCAGUGUGUUACUGUAGGAAAUGAUGUCACAUUCAUGUCUCAGGAUGACUUGUGUACAGCCAAUCACCCUCAAAUGAAACCAGCAGUGAUAUGAUUCAACAGGGUGCUACAGUGCAGGAUCCAAAACCUAUAUCUAAAUGGCAGAAUGGAAGGAUAAAAGGUGCCUAGGGGUGAGUGAGCUUUCAAAAAAAAAGAAAAAAACAAAACACAAAACACAACAUACACCCACCAGAAAUGCAUACCUGCAAAGAGGACUGCAUUAUGGCUUCAAGCUAAAUGUAUUUUAGACACAUAUGAUAACGCUUAGACCCUUUAUCCCCAUAUCCAAGUAGACAGGUAGCUCACGCAAUCCAGUUGAUGAGAUCUGCACAAUUAAUAUGCAAAUGAUCACAAUAUACUUGUGGCAAUAAUGUAUGCGCUUGCAGCAACAUGUUUUACAGUACACUUACAUGUAUACGCACUGUAUAUGACUCAGUGUUUGUGGGGUGUUUAAAAUAUAAAACACACGAGUUUCACGGAUUCAUCAUCGACACGCCACCAGUAAUUAGAGAGAGCAUCAGAUCUUGCAGCUGCUCCCAUCUGCAAUUAAAAACAGGAAAAAUGGCAUAUAUCCUAUUGUAAGGAACAGAGAAAACAGACUGAUAUGUGGUCUACAAUGAAGGUGUGUCUUUGCAAGAAAAACUUAAACUUCAAAUGUCAGAUUGUCCAUCUUGUCCAGAGGAACUGACAGAUGUGUUCAAUAGGUAGGCGUACCAGACAUCUUUUGAAAUCUGGUUCACAAGACAGUGUGUGUGUGUGUUUGCUCACUUCUUGAAGACUUUGAUAGCAACUCCGGUGUACUGACUGGAGCUGGACUCACUGCUAGAUGAAAACUUUUGUGGUCCGCCUGGAUUCUCGUGGGAGUGCCGUGAUGUGAAGUGAAUGAAGUGACGAGUAGAUGCUAGAAUUGUUCUCGACUGAAAAGUUGACGUAUGAUGACUGAGCUUUUCAUUGUGCUUUACAUCAUAUUACAGCUCCACACUACCGAAAGGAUUGUCAUCUGCUGCUACUGAGUCUGCCUCAAUCGAAACUUCACUUUACCCUGUUUCACAUUGUGCUGACAUAAGCUUGAUCACCAAAAAAAGGAAAAACGAAAAAAAAAAAAAAGAACGAAUGAAUA